AUGGUACAGGAGUAUUACUUGCCUUCGCAAACAAGUGUCUAUCCCAGCUACCUGUCUCGCCCCAGCUACAGGUACUCUGUAUCCUCAGGACAUCGUGAUGGACGUCGACGACAGAAGAGGGUUGGUUGGAAUUUUUCUGAUCUAAACAGUACCGGGAGUACUCAUUAUGGAUAUAGCACGGAUGGAUAUUCACGUGAAGUUUCUUACAGAAAUGCUCGUGCCCGAUACAGCUAUACGCCCGUUGAGCCUCUUUACGGUCGGAACACCUAUGUGAAAACGUACCCAGGACACAGCAGUGAUUCAGAUGAUAUGCGUAAUUAUGGUUGGCGAGCACGUCACCUUUGGCAACCUGAUGGCGCCCGACGAGAUUUUAUUGAGUCGGUCGACAGGAAUGGCAGCAACAUUCCAUGGCAACCUCAGAGAUAUAGAUACAGGCGCAAGACAAGUGGCGUGGUCUACUCGUCUCCGAGACCUGAACAGGUGUCUGAGGAAAACCAAUCAACAGACGACGAAGAAUCUGUUGAUACCGUUGUUGACACGUGUUGUUGUGGUUGUGUAGACAUCGUGGUGACGUCAUGCUGCUGGAAGACAACCGUGGUCACGUGCCGAUGUCAUGAUUCCUCCAAUGAUGAAAAAGAUUCAGAUACAGACACAUUGAGUACGGAAGAGGACAAACAACUGAUGGGUGACAAAUUAAAUGAUAAAAUCAUUAUCAUCGAUGAAGAUGACGAUGAUGAUGAGGAUGACGACGAUGAUGAGGAUGACGACGAUGAUGAGGAUGACGACGAUGAUGAUAAACGAUGGGCGACACCCCGCCGUAAACCCCCUGCUGUGAUACCAGUAUCUCCACCAAAGAUAGAAACCAAAACUAUAGUUGCUAAACAAGUCCGAUCGAAUCCCAAGAGUUACGAGGAAUACUCGACAAAUGGCUCUUCAGAUUUAUCAGACUCCACAGAAAAUCUCACCUCUGUUCAUUCGAGCAACGACUCCACUGACACCACCCCACCGGACACAAACAAAAACAAAAUAACAAGUACACGCAAGAUAUUUCUACGUGAAAAAAUUGAACUAGAAAUCGAACCGAAUCCCACUGAAACUACGCCGGUUGUCUUUCUUCCAAAACCGCCUAAGUCACCGACAGAGAGACCACAGAAGAAAAUAUCCAAAAUGCCAAAAUACAUAGGCGAGAAACCGAAACUAGACAAUUUCAAGACUGCUAUACUGGCGGAUAUUGAUCCUGCCGAUGGUCCAUUUGUUGAUGGUGAAGGGGACCAUCCACUCCAUAUUCGAGAUACUGUUCAUCGCGAACGAGAACUUAUCAUGUACAAACCGGAACCGGAAAUACCUCCUCCGUACAAGCAUAAACCGAUUCCACCACGCCCCAUGUUUCCUUUAAAGCAUUUACCAAAGCGAGAGGCCGUCAUGGUUCGUGUUGGCGGAGGCUGGAUGAAUGUGGAACACCAUCGAAAGAGACGAAUACCGUUAGAAAUACAUGAACACCACCGAAGCGUAUCGAAUGAUAAGUACCUGACGAUCAAGUCGAAGUUCACGUCACAUAAAGAAUUCAUUCCAGUAGCAUAUACAAAAUAUCGGGACAGAGCAAUAUGGAACAAAAAGGAAACAAAAUAA